CUGUGCAUUUGAUCCGCUCGCCAAAGAUUCUUGUUCCCAUUUGCUGGAGCUACGGAGUGUGGACUAGCGAGGCGACCUUGAGGCUGAUCCGCAGCUGCUAGCGAAGCCGGGACCCAGCAGUAGCUCCGCACAAGGUCGUGACCCUCAACGAGGGCCGUUCCGCAGCGCAAGUAGGGUACUUUAACCCCGGGGCUCACCAAAUUGGAAGCCUUUCGCUGCUAAGCACAUCUCCAUCCACACCCACUCCUGAACAUGACGCUUCUGAUUCUCUUCAAGGCCUUGGCCAUCGCCCUCUUCGGGCUCGUCUUCACAUUGAGCAGCGUUGUCCUCGCUACCGUCACGGUCAAUCACCGCUCUCUCGUCAAUAGCCACACCGGCCUGACCAGGGUGAUUGCCAAGCGAACUCAGUGUACGGACCAGUACCACAUCGUCACCAUCAGCGGGCCCGUUGUCACCUGGGGUUGGGGGCCAUUCCCCGGAGAAGGGGCCAUCAAAGGGAGCAUCUGUUCGGGAGCGUCUGGUACUGCUCCGGGCUCAAGCAAGGUCUCUGGCGACUUUACGGCCACAUUCAAAAUCCUGUGCCGCAACAAUACUGGCAGUGGCACGAUUGACUUCGUCUUUGUUUCCAGCGGGGCUAGUAGCGCUUUGCCCCACGGUACGAAUGGAGGCUUUGGUGGGUCCAACCCCUCGGGAAAUGUGCCUUACAAUGUCAGGUGUGGGUGAGGGAGGGCAAGAAGAAGCGAUUAGAUACGCUUUG